UGGACUCGAAGAAAAUCGAUCAAGAUGCAAAAAUCCCACCCGAAACCUUACAAGGACUGAAGGACCUGGGUCUCUUUGGCAUGCAGAUUCCAGAGGAAUAUGGUGGGCUGGGCCUGUCAAACACCAUGUAUGCACGUCUGGGAGAAAUCAGCUCCCUGGAUGGCUCCAUUGCAGUGACCCUGGCAGCUCACCAGGCCAUUGGGCUGAAGGGGAUCCUCAUUGCUGGCACCGAGGAGCAGAAGGCCAAGUACCUGCCCCGCCUGGCCUCGGGGGAGCACAUUGCUGCCUUCUGCCUCACCGAGCCCGGCAGUGGGAGUGAUGCUGCAUCCAUCCAGACAAGGGCAACCCUGAGUGAAGAUGGGAAACACUUCCUGUUAAAUGGCUCCAAGGUCUGGAUCUCCAAUGGUGGCCUGGCCAGUAUUUUCACAGUGUUUGCCAGGACAGAGAUUGUGGACAAGGACGGGCAGGUGAAGGAUAAAAUCACUGCUUUCAUCGUGGAGCGGGACUUCGGGGGCGUCACCCAUGGGAAACCCGAGGAUAAACUGGGCAUUCGAGGCUCCAACACCUGUGAAGUACAUUUUGAAAACACCAAAGUGCCUAUAGAGAAUGUAAUUGGAGAAGUUGGAGGGGGAUUUAAGGUUGCCAUGAAUAUCCUCAACAGUGGAAGAUUUAGCAUGGGCAGUGCAUCUGCUGGAAUGAUUAAGAAGUUGAUAGAACUGACAUCAGAGUAUGCUUGCACCAGGAAACAAUUCAAUAAGAAACUCAGCCAGUUUGGAUUAAUUCAGGAGAAGUUUUGUUUGAUGGCUGUGAAAGCCUACGUGAUGGAGAGCAUGGCUUAUCUGACUGCAGGGAUGAUGGACAGGCCAGGCUUCCCUGACUGCUCCGUCGAGGCUGCCAUGGUCAAGGUGUUCAGCUCUGAAGGUGCCUGGGCAUGUGUGAGUGAGGCUCUGCAGAUCCUUGGAGGCCUUGGCUACAUGAAGGAUUAUCCUUAUGAACGCUACCUCAGAGACACCAGGAUCCUGCUCAUCUUUGAGGGCACCAAUGAAAUCCUGAGAAUGUACAUUGCACUGACAGGGAUGCAGCAUGCAGGGAAGAUCUUAACUGACAAAAUUAAAGCAAUCAAGAAAGGAAACGUGGGAGUGGCGCUGGGGGAGUUCCUGACCAGGUUACAGGACACCCUGGGCAGGAAGGUGGAUCUGGGGCUUGUAGGUGACAGUGGGGUGGUGCAUCCCAGCCUCCAGGAGAAUGCCAAGAAACUUGAAGAAAACGUUUAUUAUUUUGGAACUACAGUCAGGGGCCUGCUAAGUAGGUUUGGCAAGACAAUAGUGGAUGAGCAGCUGGUGCUGAAGAGAGUGGCAGAUGUGGUGAUUAAUUUGUAUGCAAUGACUGCAGCCAUCUCCCGGGCCAGCCGCUCCAUCAGCAUCGGGCUCAGGAACCAUGACCACGAGGUGCUUCUUACAAAUAUCUUCUGCACAGAAGCCUAUUUCAAGAAUAAUUAUGCCAUGGCUCAAUUAGAAAAAUAUGCUGAUGAAAACCUGGAUGAUUCCAUUAAAAAAGCUGCAAAGCAGAUCCUGGAGAAGAGGGCAUACAUCUGCUCUCACCCUCUGGACAGGACCUUCUGAUUCCUCCCUGAGAGCAGGCACUCAUGAAUGUCAGUCAGGGAGGAAUUUGCUGCAGUUCCAGUAUUUGGCAUCUUAAAAGCAUCUGUUAUUUAAUGUCUUUACUAAAUGUAACUGUGUAAAAUAAAACUUCUUUCUAACCAAAA